AUGGCCGAGGACCUAUCAAGAGACCUCAGAAAUGGAAAUGAUGCGUUUACAUCGAGAAUGUUUUCUGAAAUAGUGAAGCAGAAGCCACAACAGAGUGUUGUGCUGUCAGCAUACUCUGUCCUGACCCCAUUGGCCCAGCUCGCCUUGGCCUCUGAGGGUGAAUCGCACGACGAACUUUUGAAGGCCAUUGGCAUGCCCAACGACAAUGUGACAAAAGCUGUGUUUUCACAUGCCGAAAGAAGCCUCAAAUCCGUGAAAGGAGUGGAACUUAAAACAGCGAGUAAAAUUUACAUCGCGCCCAACUAUGAACUAAAUGAAAACUUUGCAACGACCACCCGUGACGUGUUCAAUUCCGAAGUCAAAAAUGUAGACUUUACUCAAGCACAGAAGACCGCUAGCGAAAUCAACGCUUGGGUUGAAGACCAAACGAAUAAAAAAAUCAAAGAUCUCGUUAACCCGGAUUCCUUGGAUGGCAAUACUCGUGCUGUUCUAGUCAACGCUAUCUACUUUAAGGGUCUCUGGAAGAGUCCGUUCAGCACAUACGCAACAUACGACCAGGUGUUCCAUAUUACAAAAGAGAAAUCAGCAACAAUUCCGAUGAUGUACCAAAAAUCUGAAUUCAACUACGCUGAGCUUCCAGAAUUAAACGCUAAGAUCCUCCAAAUGUUCUAUGAAGGUGAUGAAGCAUCCAUGAUACUGGUGCUCCCCAAUGAAAUCGAUGGAAUAACCCAGCUAGAGGAGAAAUUACGAGACCCAUCUGCACUCAACAAAGCCAUUUCUAACAUGUACUCCACUGAAGUCGAAGUUACUAUUCCUAAGUUCAAAAUUGAAACUACAACAGACCUUAAAGAUGUUUUAUCAAAGAUGGACGUUACGAAACUAUUUACACCCGGACAAGCCCGUUUAACUAAUCUGAUCAAGGGAGAGGGUGACUUAGUGAUAAGUGAAGCCAUACAGAAGGCUUUCAUUGAAGUCAAUGAGGAAGGCGCAGAAGCUGCAGCAGCCAACGAAUUUAUAGUAGUCGCUGAAAGUUUUGUUGCUGAUGCAGAACCAAAGAUAUUUUUCGCUGAUAGACCAUUUUAUUUUGAGAUCAAACUCAACACAGUUACUCUAUUCAGUGCAUUUCUACCGGUCGCUACCAGCCUUAUUUUAGAUGAACCACAAGCAAAAUUCUUCGUGGCUGACAGACCGUUUUAUUUUGAAAUAAGAACCGAAUCAACUCCCAUCUUCAGUGGAGUCAAAUUUGAAUGA